AUGUCUGAACCCAUCAGGAAUAAGAAGGCUGAUUUCCCGGUCGCCCCGACCCCGCAAAACACACCAGCCAGCAAUGCCCCUAUCUCCUCUCACGCCCAGCAGCCUGGUGUGUCAAGCAUCAAGGAAGAAACCCUGGACAAUGCCGCCGCCGCUUCCCUCUUCGCUCGUAACCCCGCUCUGGUUUCCAUGAUCCAGGGUAAGCUGGGCCAGCUCGUUGGCCGCUCAUCUGGUUACAUUGAGUCACUUCCCGUCGUGGUCCGCCGUCGUGUCGCUGGUCUGAAGGGUAUCCAGAAGGAGCACGCCAAGCUGGAGGCUCAGUUCCAGGAGGAGGUUUUGGAGCUCGAGAAGAAGUACUUUGCCAAGUUCACCCCGCUGUACGAGCGUCGGGCAACUAUCGUUAACGGAGGUGUUGAGCCCACCGAGGGUGAGGUUGAAGCUGGCAAGGAGGAGGACGAGGAAGAGGAUGAGGAGAGCAAGGAAGCUACUGAGGAGAAGAAGGAGGAGGAGUCCGAGUCUUUGGCUGGUAUCCCAGAGUUCUGGCUGUCUGCCAUGAAGAACCAGAUCUCUCUUGCUGAAAUGAUCACCGAGCGAGAUGAGGAUGCCCUCAAGCACCUCGUCGACAUUCGCAUGGAGUACCUGGACCGCCCUGGAUUCCGCUUGAUCUUUGAAUUCUCCGAGAACGAGUUCUUCACCAACAGGACCAUCACCAAGGCUUACUACUACAAGGAUGAGAAUGGAUACGGCGGCGACUUCAUCUACGACCACGCCGAGGGCUCUAAGAUUGACUGGAAGGCCGAGAAGGAUCUCACCUUGCGCCUUGAGAGCAAGAAGCAGCGAAACAAGAACACCAAACAGACCCGUGUUGUCAAGAUCAGCGUGCCUACCGAAUCAUUCUUCAACUUCUUUGCUCCCCCUCAACCCCCAGCUGACGAGGAUGACGACGUAUCUAUUGCCAGCGAUAUCGAAGAGCGCCUGGAGUUGGACUACCAACUGGGUGAGGAUAUUAAGGAGAAGUUGAUUCCCCGUGCCAUCGACUGGUUCACCGGCGAGGCACUUCAGUUUGAGGAGCUCGGUGAGGGUAUGGACCCCGAUGAGUUCGAGGACGAGGACGAUGAGGAAGAAGAGGAUGAGGAUGAGGACGACGAGGAUGAGGACGAGCAAGGAUCAGACCGCGAUGUGGAGGACGACUCCGACGAAGAGGAUGGCACUUCCAAGCCCAAGAAGGAGGCUGCCGAGUGCAAGCAAAACUAG